CAUCUUGAACCCAUACCCGACUCACGGUUUGUCAUGCAUCGCCCCGCAACGUCCGCGUUGGAAGUCGUUAGGAAAACAUGGAGUUCAAUUGUUGGGGCUGGUGGCCUUGACAGCCGUAUUUUAAGCAAGUUGCGCGUAGUGGAAGCUUGCCAUCAUAAGGGAACAGUUUUGUGCGAGCUGACUGUGGAGGACUACCAUUUGAACCGCCUUCAAGGUUUACACGGAGGUACAAUAUGUACCUUGGUCGAUAUUGGAGGAUCACUUGCCGUAGCUGCUAAAGCAAAUAACACGUAUACUGGGGUUAGCACAGACAUAUCUGUCUCGUUUCUUAAUGGCGGUAAAAUCGGCGACAAGCUCCAGAUUCAUUCCACAUGCAAUAAGAAAGGGAAAACCUUGGCAUACACUACCGUCGAGGUGAAAGCUGGAGAUAAAUUGCUGGCCACAGGAAGCCAUACCAAGUACGUAGGCGGUACCCCUAAAGUAGAAACAUGAAACUUCCACUACUGCAGUUCAAUAGAAGGAUAUGAUAAUGCGAUCUACUAGUUUAGAAUACAGAGUGUAUAGCUCUACCAAAUGCUACAAACUCGACAGAAAAUCGGUCAAAUUUAGGCUGUCUCCUG